GUAAGCAUAGUAUGUUUGUAAACUGGGUGAAGCUAAUCGGUGGUAAAUACCCACGGUGUGACUGAGAAGGGGUUGGAAUGUGUUCGACGAGCGGGUCGCGAUAAGCGUGCGGCGCUGGCCGAGCGGAGGUGCGACUGCGGGAGCAGUGGUGUGUGCGCGGGGGAGUGUUGGGGGUUAGAAUUGGCGUGAACAGCUGAUGGCAGUCGCGGAGCGGAGACUGCCUUUGGCCAGACGAGUGGAGUGGCUCCGGAAGCUGCCGUGUGCGAGUGGAUGGCUGCGCCGCGCCUGGUCUGUGGGCGGGGAACACCGCGAGCCCCAGUAGAGCCGGCCGGCACAGCGCAGCCUGGGCUCUAGAGCAGGUGUCCAUGGGGCCGCUGCUGCCGCAUGUAUCGUGAUCUCGGCCUCUCCGCUGUAGUUGGCUGGAUGUUCACACCACGCGCCCAUAACGAUGCAAAGCCUGGAGGCGGCGUGUGAGGAAGCUGAACACUUACUGCAUAUAGCGACCAAGUGCCCCCAGUUCGUGCCUUGCCUCGCCGACCAGACCGGCAAGCCCUCCUUCGACAUCCACGCGCGCCUCAGACAGCUCUACUUGGAGGAGAGCUCCCGGGACCUCCAGCAGCCCCAGAAGCACCUGCGGUUGUGCUCGCACCUGCUGGAGAAGCUGGUAGCCAGGGAGCAGCUGAACACGGUCGUCGUCAGCCUGUACCCGGGCGACAAGGGCUUCUCCCUCGCCUUCAAGGCCUUCAACAAGCAGUCAGCGAGCACGGAGGAGAUGAUAGAGACGGACAGGAUCUCGUACGGCGAGGACCAGCUCCUCGCCUACAUCGACAACGAGGAGCUGCCCGCGGAGUUGGCAGACCUGCUGGAGCCCGUGCAGCCGUGCCUGUUCUACUGCGGCUGCGUGGUGGCGGAGGUGCGCGACUACCGGCAGGCGUUCCCGCACUUUGUGUGCGACGUGAGGCACGUGCUGCUGAAGCCGUCCACCUCGAGCCUGGUGGGGGCCGUGAACCAGCUCGCCGGCGAGGAGGAGUGGAGCGCCGAGGAGCGCGCGCUCCUGGAGAGCCAGCUGGUGCUGGCGACGGAGUCCGCGCUCUGCCUGGACGCCUCCCCCUCCCUGCUGGUCGCCUACAACAGGCUGCAGUACCAGCACCGCGCGCUCAACACCACCGCGCUCAGGAAGUGCGCGCGCAAGUUCUCCCAGGCGUCGGUGAAUCGCAAGAGGAAAUUGGAACAGCUCCCGUCUCGCUGCAGUUUACCCUUACAAGACUUCCUGAGUCGACGCAAGUCCAAACCACGCACCACUGUACCUGUUUCUAAUGCCAAACUUCCUAAAAAGUGUCUACUGACGGUGACACGCGACACAGCGAACCUGAAAGUGCCGGUUGUGGUGCAGCCGUGCGACAACGGCCUGCCGGCGCCGCCGUGCGCGCCCGUGCCGCUGGAGGCGCUGGCGCCCGAGCUGGGCGCGCCGGGCGGCGGCGUGUUCCCCGCGCAGCUGGCGCGCGCGUACGAGCGGCCGCGCGACACGGCCGACUGCACGCCCCAGCUGGUGGAGGAGUUCGUGCUGGAGACGGACCGGCCCCAGGGGCAGGUGUACCACGUGAAGAUCUCCAUCUACCAGCGGCCGUCCGGCGCCGAGUACCUGGGCGAGAUGUACGUGGACCGCGACUACCGCAAGGACCGGCGCAACGGCACCUCCUGCAGGUUCACGCUGGGGUCGCGGGCGCACGUGAACAGGUACAUCCACCAGUUCACGGAGGUGUUCACGGAGGAGGGCAGCAAGUCGGUGCGCAUCACGCAGAUGGUGCCGGGGCAGCCCGCGCGCAUGUCCUCCACGGCCGCCAUGAAGGAGCGCGAGGCCAAGGCCGCGGCUCUCCAGGCGCAGCUGCAGGCCCAGCAGCAGCUGCAGCACCUGCAGGCGCAGCUGCAGGCGCGCAGCCAGCCCAGCUCCGUGGUGUCCCCUCCCCCUCCGCAGCCCUCCCUGCCCUCCCCCGCCCCCGCUUCCUUCCAGCCGUCCUUCACCAGCGGGACCGCGCACAGCUCCAGCCUGGCUCCGAGCGUCCCCGUCACCCAGGAGUCUGUGUCGCAGUCGUCCGCGGGAGGCGGGCCUUCGAAGACGUCCCGCCUCGCGUCCAACCCCGCCAUCAGUGCUUUAGUGACCAGCCUCAUGAACUCGGCCCACGAGUUUCAGCAGAAAGCCGCCGCGGCAGCAGCGGCCGCCGCCAACUCCUCCGGCGCGCCGCCGCCCGCCAACCCCACCAUCCUGGGGCUGCUGAACAACGGCACGGCGCAGGGCGGCGCGGCGUCUGCGCAGGGCAACCUGGCCAUCCUGGGGCUGCUGAACAGCGGCGGAGCGCCGGGCGCCGGCCAGCCGGGCCUGGCCAGGAAGAGGACGUGGAGCCUCGUCAACUCCCGCCUCGUCAACAACGCUGCCGCGGGCUCUGGGGCGCCGACACAGCAGCCGCCGUCGCUGCAGCCGGCCGUGAGGCCGUGUGUCUCGACCUCCUCGCUCAUGCAGCCCGGGUCCACUGCAGGCGUGUCGCCCAAAGGCCCAGCGGCGACCCUGAACCACGCGAGCCGCACGAACUCCUCGGUGGCCGUGACGGCGGCGGGCAGCACGCCCAAGAUGAGGCGGCUGUCUGGCGCGGCGCAGGGUGACUCCGGCAGCACCGCGGCGUCCGGCCUGGGGCUGUCCGUGCCGGGGCUGUGCGCGCUGCUGGCAGGGAGCCCCUCGGCGGACAACCCCAUCCCGGGGGCCACCAGCAACACCUCGGCGCUGCUGGAGCGUCUCACCAGCGAGCGGCUGGCCUGCCCCUCCUCCAGGACCCCGCCCUCGCCCUACAGCUGCCCGCCUGCCGCCUCGCCCUCGCCCAAGGGCCCCGCGCUGACGCCCUCCCCCCUCUCCAGCCCCCCGCAGCCGCCGUCGCAGCCCAGCGUCAACGUCAACCUGCAGCGGCUCAGUCUGGCCAGCCUGCAGGGGCUGCAGAAUGUGCAGGUGUCCAUCCCGGGGCUGGCGGUGCCCAUCUCGCUGCUGCUGAACGUGCCCGGCGCGGCUCAGCACUCGGGCGUGAUCGUGACCACGCUGCCCGUCACCACCUGCACCGCCACCUGCACCACCACCACCUCGGUGAUGUCCAGCGCCGUGUCGGUGGGCGCGGGGACCAACUCCACCAUGGUGCUCAGCAACUCCGUGCCCACCAGUUCCGGCACGCCUCUCUCCUUGCCCGUGGCUCAGCUGGUGGCGUCUGGACUGAAGGGGCUCAACGCACAGACCCUGCGCACCAUCGGAUCCAACGCGUCGGUUUCUGUUGCUCAGGGUACGAACCCGUCGAUACAGCUGACCCUGCAGCGACCGCGAAGCAUUGCCGCCACUAAAAACAAACCAGUAUUAACCACUGCUGGCAUCUUGAACCCACAGAGGCUGAAGAUAACCUCCCCGAGCGUCGUGAGCCAGGUGUCUGUGGCCACUCUCCCCACCACGGCCAGCCAGCCCGGCACGGCCCCCGCGCUUACCGCACAGCAACAGCUGCACCUGGCGCUGCAGAAGAAGCAGGCGCAGCUGCAGCAGCAGUGCCUGCUGCAGGACGGCAAGGCGGCGGUGUCGCCUGCCGCGCUGGCCACCAAGCACCGCCGGCGCUCCAGUGCUGCCGACCCCAACAAGUAGCAACUGCUCGGCUGGGAGCGCUGCUAGUCCCCUCCCGUCGGCCCUCCUCGAACCAGCCUCGCAAUCGCGUUCGCGAUCGGUUACAACUCUGCCUGUAGGUGUGUGUGUGGGGGACCCCAGCGUCCCCUGAGGUGCUGACGGAGUACUCCACCAGCGGCAGGUUCCUCACGACUGCUGGAUGGCUCUGACUUACGUUGUUAUCGCGUUCUCUCGUGUAAGCCGGUGUUUCCCUGUGAGUAGCUUCAAUAUCAUAAGUUUUGUUAGCUGUAUCCAGCCAUCCUCGCAUUCUGUCUUCCCUAUUGUUUAAAAAAAAAAAUUAUGGAAUUCUGCUAUAUGUACAUUAUUGUGAAAAAUUUUAUUUUUAAUCUUAGUUCUCCAAAUGAAGGUCUUCUUGCGUAGACUAAAUCUCCCCUUCUUAGUUGAAAUGUUGUCUAGCGAGGGAAGCUGCUGUGGGUCUCACACAUCACGAGGCUGCAGGGGCAGGUCGGAGCGCCGGCCGUUCUCUAGUCACUUCCUGGCCGCUCCGGACAGCCCGGGAGAACCCGCCCGGUGGAACGUUCAGAGCGAGUGUCAGAGCAUUUACUUGCAAAAUGAGAAAAUACAAUACAAAAAAAAAUGACUUGAAGAUAGAUAGUAUUUUAUUUUUUCAUUUCCACUGCAAAAAUAAAAAAUAAAUAAAAAUAAAGAGACAAGUAUUAUAUACGUGUGUACAUAAGAAUGACGAUUGUUAAGGAUUGGUGUAUGAUACAUAACUUAUUGUGCUUGGCGUCACGUGUUCCUCUCUGCCCGUGUUAAGUUUUGCUCCGUGCAAUCUCUCUACAAGACUGUUGUUGCCGUGUGCGUGAGACAAUGCGUCUACGGACCAAGCUACCUCCCGUUUGCUCGACUAAGUGCUUCGCAACGACUGUGUGCACACCAUGUAUAUAUACUCAGUAUAUAUAUGUAUAUAUAUAUAUUGGUUAAUACUCAUUAGGUAUGAUUUGUAUAGAUUUUUUUUUAUUUUGUGUUAAAUAAACAUUAAGGUAGUACGAGUUGAAAGCUUGUGUUUUAGAAUUGGACCAACCCUGAAUCCUAGAGUAAUGUGAAAAAAAAUCUACUUAUGCGGUUAUGAUUACUGUACUCGGACUCAAAAAUUAUUGUCAAUACGUACUGUACUGUUCCAACUGUAAGUUGGUUUUCUCUGUAUACUUUAAAAUGUGUGACAGAAUGAGCAUUCAUUGUCUGGUGAUGGGGUAUAAAGAUAUAAGUUAUUGUUACGUAUUGCCAGAAUUGACCACACAAGUGUUGGUCGAAUGGGAGAAAUGUGCGCUUGCGUUUGGAGCAAUGUCGUCUACUGUUCGAGUAUCUGUGGAUAUUUAUUGCCUUUGUCAAAUAUAAUAUUUCUACGAUAUAA